AUGAUAUGGGAUAUUGUGAUUAUAAUGGUCUUAAAAGUUGUGUGGAUGGUUUUGAAUUGUAAUCUUAAUAAAAUGGAUUAAAUAUUUGCUUAUUUAAUUAAUCAUAAUAAUGAAGAUAGUUAUGUUGGCUGCUUAGACUGUAUGGAAAAUUGUUUAAAAUGUACAAGCUAAUAUAAUUGCGGAUAAUGUAAAAAAGGAUUUUUCUAUGAUUAUUCAUUUAGUAAAUGUAUCUAAUGUAAUUCGGUCAAUUGUGAUUAGUGCUAUGAUUUAAAUACCUGUCUGACAUGCUCAAAAGGGUACUUAAUUGAAAAUGGAUAAUGUGUAUAAAAGAGUUAAAUGCAAUAAAUAAAUUCUGAAUAAUAAUAACAAUCUCAUUAACAAGAAAACUUGUAAACUAAUUAAGUUGCAACUGAAAAUUAUUGUGAUUAAAUUUAAACUAAAAUCGAUUUGGAAAAGUAGUAUUAACAAACUAACAUCCAAGAAUAAGUAACUAAACUCAAUAUUGAUAAUCAAAGCAAUUUAGUCCUCUAAAGCAAGGAUAGUAAAAUAAAUAUUGAUGUUUUAGGUGGAAACAAUAGGCCAUAGAAUAUUCAAGAAGAAUAAUUAAAUGAGCAACAAGGUUAAUCAAAUCUUGGCUAAACUAAAUCUUAUGCUGAUAAAAAUAAUUAAAAAGAGUAGGAGAAUAAAUUUAUGAUGCAGAAUAACCUUUUAAAGUUUCUUUGCUUCCAUAACUUUAUAAGUAUUUUCUUAGUUUUUGACUCAAAAAUACCACGCAUGUAAAGAUCAUCAAUAUUCUACUUAAGAGUUAUUCACGCUUUAUCAAUUUCUAGUAUUUUUGGUUAAUAUUACAGCUCUAGAGAAAUGGUAUUAACUUGCUUUGUGAGCUCAAUAAUUGUAGCUAUAUUUAUACCAAUCGCCAAGCUAAUGUACAGUAUUAAAAGAGUUGGUUAAUACAUUUAUAUAGGAGUGUUUCUUGGUUUAUUAACCUAUUACAUUUAUAUUAUUUCUUUCAUUUUGACUGGUAAAGAGAGUUCAUAUACCAAUUAUAUAAUUGGCUGGUUUUUUAUAAUGCUUAUUUUUGACUUAAUUUUAGUAUCAAGUAUACAAGCAAUGUUCUAAUUGGCUCUAGUUAAUCAUAUGAUCUCAAAUAAUUAUCCAAAAAAAUCACUGAUUUAGAUAUUGUUUUACUUUUUAAAACUAUAAGAUGUCCUAGGAAAUAUUAAUUUAUGA